GCGAGCCGAACCGCGGCGGCGCCGGGAGCCGAGCGGCGGAGCUGUGAGGGACUGAGCGGCGGCGCGGGAGCAGCGGCGACGGACAGGUGGAGAGCCCUUGGCUGCGCCGCCCGGGACUGCUGGGCCGCCCGCGGAGCUUCGCGGUCCGGACGUGGCGGCGGCAGCGGCAUCCCGGACGGCCUGUGAGGGAUGCGCCGCCCACUGCCCCGCGCCGCCUGACCGCCCCCGCUUCGGCUUGCGGUGCGCCACAGCCGGGCCCGCGGCCGUCCCCGCCGCGCUGUCGCCCGGCCGCCGGGCCCGCGGGGCCGCGCCCGGCCCGGCCAUGUGGACCCCCACGGAGGAGGAGAAAUACGGCGUAGUGAUAUGCAGCUUUCGAGGAUCUGUCCCUCAAGGGUUGGUCUUGGAAAUAGGAGAAACAGUCCAGAUUCUUGAAAAAUGUGAAGGUUGGUACAGAGGAGUUUCAACAAAGAAGCCAAAUGUAAAGGGGAUCUUUCCUGCAAAUUACAUUCACUUGAAAAAGGCAAUUGUCAGUAAUAGGGGGCAGUAUGAAACUGUGGUUCCACUUGAAGAUUCUAUUGUGACUGAGGUUACAGCAACUCUACAAGAAUGGGCCAGUCUGUGGAAACAACUCUAUGUGAAACACAAAGUAGAUCUUUUCUACAAGCUACGCCAUGUGAUGAAUGAACUUAUUGACCUUCGAAGGCAGCUACUGUCUGGUCACCUUACUCAGGAUCAGGUGCGGGAGGUUAAGCGGCAUAUCACCGUGCGCCUGGACUGGGGUAAUGAGCAUUUGGGCCUGGACUUGGUGCCCCGAAAGGACUUUGAAGUAGUGGAUUCAGACCAGAUUAGUGUCUCAGAUCUCUAUAAAAUGCACUUAUCCAGCCGGCAGAGUGUCCAGCAAAGCACAUCCCAGGUAGAUACAAUGCGCCCACGUCAUGGGGAUACUUGUCGGAUGCCAGUGCCACACCACUUCUUCCUCAGCCUGAAGAGUUUCACCUACAAUACCAUUGGGGAAGACACCGAUGUCUUCUUUUCCUUAUAUGAUAUGAGAGAAGGCAAGCAGAUCAGUGAGCGGUUUCUGGUGAGACUGAACAAGAAUGGUGGGCCAAGGAACCCAGAGAAGAUAGAACGAAUGUGUGCCCUUUUUACAGAUCUGAGCAGCAAAGAUAUGAAGAGAGAUUUGUAUAUAGUUGCCCAUGUGAUACGAAUAGGCCGGAUGCUCCUGAAUGACUCAAAGAAAGGCCCUGCUCACCUGCACUACCGGCGACCAUAUGGCUGUGCAGUCCUAAGCAUCCUGGAUGUUCUACAGUCACUCACAGAAUUAAAGGAAGAAAAGGAUUUUGUUCUUAAGGUUUACACGUGCAACAACGAGAGUGAGUGGUCCCAGAUCCAUGAGAAUAUCAUCCGCAAGUCCAGCGCCAAGUAUUCUGCCCCCAGCGCCAGCCACGGUCUUAUCAUUUCUCUGCAGCUUCUUCGUGGAGACAUGGAACAGAUUAGGAGAGAAAACCCCAUGAUAUUUAAUAGGGGAUUGGCAAUUACAAGAAAAUUGGGAUUUCCUGAUGUCAUCAUGCCAGGCGAUAUCCGCAAUGACCUGUACCUAACCUUGGAGAAGGGGGAUUUCGAGAGAGGGGGAAAGAGUGUACAAAAGAAUAUUGAAGUGACCAUGUAUGUGCUUUACGCAGAUGGAGAAAUAUUGAAGGAUUGCAUAAGCUUGGGUUCAGGAGAGCCAAAUAGGAGCUCCUACCACUCCUUUGUCCUCUACCACAGUAAUAGUCCUCGCUGGGGAGAGAUUAUCAAAUUGCCCAUCCCCAUCGACCGGUUCCGGGGCUCCCACCUGCGCUUCGAGUUCAGACAUUGUUCCACAAAGGACAAAGGGGAAAAGAAACUCUUUGGCUUUGCAUUCUCACCCCUGAUGCGGGAUGAUGGCACCACUCUCUCAGAUGACAUCCAUGAGCUCUAUGUGUACAAGUGUGAUGAGAAUAGCACGUUUAACAACCAUGCUCUGUACCUGGGCUUGCCCUGCUGCAAAGAGGACUACAAUGGCUGCCCCAACAUCCCCUCCAGCCUCAUCUUCCAGCGCAGCACCAAAGAGUCUUUCUUCAUCUCCACACAGCUCUCCUCCACCAAACUCACCCAGAAUGUGGACCUCCUUGCUCUGCUGAAAUGGAAGGCUUUUCCAGACCGGAUCAUGGACAUCCUAGGGCGGUUGCGGCACGUCAGUGGGGAAGAAAUUGUUAAGUUUCUGCAAGACAUUUUAGAUACACUCUUUGUGAUUUUGGAUGAUAAUACAGAGAAAUAUGGCCUGUUGGUGUUUCAGUCUUUGGUAUUCAUCAUCAACCUGCUCAGAGACAUCAAGUAUUUCCACUUCCGGCCUGUAAUGGACACAUACAUCCAGAAACACUUUGCUGGAGCCCUGGCAUACAAGGAGCUCAUCCGCUGUUUGAAGUGGUACAUGGACUGCUCAGCAGAACUGAUUCGACAGGACCACAUUCAGGAAGCCAUGCGGGCCUUGGAGUACCUUUUCAAGUUUAUUGUGCAGUCGAGGAUCCUGUAUUCCCGAGCCACCUGCGGGAUGGAAGAGGAAGAGUUCCGGUCCAGCAUCCAAGAACUAUUCCAGUCCAUCCGGUUUGUGCUCAGUCUGGACAGCAGAAACUCAGAAACACUCCUUUUCACUCAGGCUGCACUCCUUAACUCCUUCCCAACCAUCUUUGACGAGCUGCUGCAAAUGUUCACCGUGCAGGAGGUGGCAGAGUUUGUAAGAGGGACUCUGGGGAGCAUGCCCAGCACUGUGCACAUUGGGCAGUCAAUGGAUGUGGUGAAGCUACAGUCCAUCGCCAGGACUGUGGAUAGCCGUCUGUUUUCUUUCUCAGAAUCCCGCCGCAUCCUGCUUCCCGUGGUUCUCCAUCACAUUCACCUUCACCUGAGGCAGCAGAAAGAGCUGCUAAUCUGCUCAGGGAUUCUUGGCAGCAUCUUCUCCAUCGUCAAGACCAGCUCUCUGGAGGCAGAUGUCAUGGAGGAGGUAGAAAUGAUGGUGGAGAGCCUCCUGGACGUGCUCUUGCAGACUCUGCUCACCAUCAUGAGCAAAUCGCACGCUCAGGAGGCGGUAAGAGGGCAGCGGUGCCCGCAGUGCACAGCCGAGAUCACUGGUGAGUACGUGUCCUGCCUUCUCUCGCUGCUCCGCCAGAUGUGUGACACCCACUACCAGCACCUCCUAGACAACUUCCAGAGCAAAGAUGAACUCAAGGAAUUCCUGCUGAAGAUUUUCUGUGUGUUCCGGAACCUAAUGAAGAUGAGUGUCUUCCCUCGGGACUGGAUGGUGAUGAGACUUCUUACAAGCAAUAUUAUAGUCACUACUGUCCAGUACCUGUCUUCCGCACUGCACAAGAAUUUCACAGAGACAGACUUUGACUUUAAGGUGUGGAAUUCUUAUUUUAGCCUGGCAGUUCUGUUCAUAAAUCAGCCAAGCCUUCAGCUAGAAAUCAUCACUUCAGCCAAGAGGAAGAAGAUUCUAGAUAAGUAUGGGGACAUGCGUGUGAUGAUGGCUUAUGAACUGUUCAGCAUGUGGCAGAAUUUGGGUGAACAUAAGAUCCACUUUAUUCCGGGAAUGAUUGGUCCUUUUCUGGGUGUGACACUGGUCCCACAGCCAGAAGUGCGGAAUAUCAUGAUUCCCAUCUUUCAUGACAUGAUGGACUGGGAGCAGAGGAAAAAUGGCAACUUCAAACAGGUGGAGGCUGAGCUGAUUGACAAGCUGGACAGCAUGGUGUCAGAAGGGAAAGGCGACGAGAGCUACAGGGAACUCUUCGGCCUGCUCCUACUGGAGAAGGUUGAACAAGAAACAUGGCGUGAAACCGGCAUUUCCUUUGUGACUUCAGUCACCCGCCUCAUGGAACGCCUUCUUGACUACAGGGACUGCAUGAAAGGAGAGGAAACAGAGAAUAAGAAGAUCGGCUGCACUGUUAACUUGAUGAAUUUUUACAAAUCUGAGAUUAACAAAGAAGAGAUGUAUAUCCGCUACAUCCAUAAGCUUUGUGAUAUGCAUCUGCAGGCUGAAAACUACACAGAGGCCGCAUUCACUCUGCUCCUCUACUGUGAGCUGCUGCAGUGGGAGGAACGGCCGCUGCGGGAAUUUCUCCACUACCCAUCCCAGACAGAGUGGCAGCGGAAAGAGGGACUGUGCCGCAAGAUCAUCCACUACUUCAACAAAGGCAAGAGCUGGGAGUUUGGGAUCCCAUUGUGCAGGGAGCUGGCGUGUCAGUACGAGAGCCUCUACGAUUAUCAGAGCCUCAGCUGGAUUCGGAAAAUGGAGGCCAGCUACUAUGACAACAUCAUGGAGCAGCAACGCCUGGAGCCUGAGUUCUUUCGGGUCGGCUUCUAUGGCAGGAAGUUUCCUUUCUUCCUUCGGAACAAAGAAUACGUGUGCCGGGGCCAUGACUACGAGAGGCUGGAGGCCUUCCAGCAGAGGAUGCUCAGCGAGUUCCCACAGGCCGUUGCCAUGCAGCAUCCCAACCACCCCGACGAUGCCAUCCUGCAGUGUGACGCCCAGUACUUGCAGAUCUAUGCGGUGACGCCCAUCCCAGAUUAUGUGGAUGUCCUGCAGAUGGAUAGGGUCCCGGAUCGCGUCAAGAGUUUCUACCGUGUCAACAAUGUGAGGAAGUUCCGGUACGACAGGCCUUUUCACAAAGGUCCCAAGGACAAGGAGAAUGAAUUCAAGAGCCUGUGGAUCGAGCGCACCACAUUGACCCUCACCCACAGUUUGCCCGGCAUCUCUCGGUGGUUCGAAGUGGAGAGGAGGGAACUGGUGGAGGUGAGCCCUUUGGAGAACGCCAUCCAAGUGGUUGAGAAUAAGAACCAGGAGCUACGGGCCCUGAUCAGCCAGUAUCAACACAAACAGGUGCACGGCAACAUCAACCUGCUCAGCAUGUGCCUGAAUGGUGUCAUCGAUGCAGCUGUCAAUGGGGGCAUUGCACGCUACCAAGAGGCCUUCUUUGAUAAAGAUUAUAUCACCAAGCAUCCGGGAGACGCAGAGAAAAUCACCCAGCUCAAGGAGCUCAUGCAGGAGCAGGUCCAUGUCCUUGGAGUCGGGCUGGCAGUUCAUGAGAAGUUUGUGCACCCGGAGAUGCGGCCUCUGCAUAAGAAGCUGAUUGAUCAGUUCCAGAUGAUGCGGGCCAGCCUCUACCAUGAGUUUCCCGGUUUGGACAAGCUAAGUCCUGCAUGUUCAGGCACCAGCACCCCGCGGGGAAAUGUCCUAGCAUCCCAUAGUCCCAUGAGCCCUGAGAGCAUCAAGAUGACCCACCGGCACAGCCCCAUGAACUUGAUGGGCACAGGCCGCCAUUCAUCAUCCUCUCUCUCCUCACACGCAUCUAGUGAAGCAGGAAAUGUGGUGAUGAUGGGGGACAGCUCCAUGGGCGAGGCUCCGGAGGACCUAUACCACCAUAUGCAGCUCGUGUAUCCCAACCCCAGGUACCAGGGCUCAGUCACCAACGUCUCUGUUCUGUCCUCGUCCCAGGCAAGCCCUUCUUCCUCCAGCCUGAGUUCCACUCACUCAGCACCAUCCCAGAUGAUUACCUCUGCCCCUUCCAGUGCCCGAGGCUCUCCCUCUCUGCCAGAUAAGUACCGCCACGCCCGGGAAAUGAUGUUGCUGCUGCCUGCGCACCGGGACCGCCCAAGCAGUGCCAUGUACCCAGCAGCCAUCCUGGAGAACGGACAGCUGCCAAAUUUCCAGCGGGCCCUGUUCCAGCAAGUGGUCGGAUCCUGCAAACCCUGCAGUGAUCCCAAUCUGUCUGUGGCUGAAAAAGGUCAUUACUCCCUACACUUCGACGCCUUCCACCAUCCCCUGGGUGACACCCCCCCGGCCUUGCCUGCCCGGACUCUGCGCAAGUCUCCUCUCCACCCUAUCCCGGCCUCCCCCACGAGCCCCCAGUCGGGUCUGGACGGCAGCAACUCCACACUGUCGGGCAGUGCCAGCAGCGGCGUGUCCUCCCUGAGCGAGAGUAACUUUGGGCACUCCUCGGAGGCCCCACCCCGAACCGACACCAUGGACUCCAUGCCGAGCCAGGCCUGGAACGCCGAUGAAGAUCUCGAGCCACCCUACCUCCCUGUCCACUACAGCCUCUCCGAGUCCGCCGUCCUGGACUCCAUCAAGGCCCAGCCAUGCCGAAGCCACUCAGCCCCGGGGUGCGUCAUCCCUCAGGACCCCAUGGACCCGCCUGCGCUGCCGCCCAAGCCCUACCACAGCCGCCUGCCGGCCCUGGAGCACGAGGAGGGCGUGCUGCUACGUGAAGAUGCCGACAGGCCUCGGGGCCUGCACCGCAAGGCCUCGCUGCCUCCUGGGAGCGCCAAGGAAGAGCAGGCCCGCCUGGCCUGGGAGCACGGCCGAGGGGAGCAGUGAGGGGCAGGGAGGCGGCCGGGACGCCGCCCGCCGUGACAGCUUGCCCAGCCACUCCAGGUCCGAAAAGCAAGUCUCCCCCACCCCAGGGAGCCGGAGAGGCCCGGCACUGAGGAGAGAGCCACCCCGAGUCUACGUUCUACUGCCGUGAACUCGUGUGUUGCCAUGUACAGAGGCCACAGCAGCAUGAAGGGUUGUGGCUUCUCUUUUUAGUUCAUUUUCUACGUUUCCAUUUCUAUGGGUUUUCCUUUCUUUCCUUUGUGCAGUAGAUGCUUUCUUCCUCCUGCAGUUCCAGACCACGUGGAGCUAUACGGAGAUAUUGCACAGACAGAAUUGCUUUGCAGCUUUGCAGGGCCCGGGCGUCGGAGCCCAGGCCCUCCCUGCAGGGCAGAGAGGCACAGAAGAAUGGAAAUUGCACUAGGGACUUCUUCCGCUGCUGCAUGGACAGAAGAGCUCAUGGUUGUAUUCAGGGAUUUGCAAGGACCACGUGGACUACACGUCACAGGUGGACAAGGGAGCUACAAGCCGUUUUGCACAAAAGCCUACCCACCCACCCACUCUUCCGUCCAGGAGUGUGCACCUGAGGGGCUGCUUGGGCCAACCUGCCAGCUCAGGCAUGCGACCUAGCCUAACGGCACGCCCAGGUCACACUGCCAGGCUUCCGUGGGUCAGCCCUGCCUCCCACUCUACCUUGGAUUUUUCCCUCCAUCACUUUUAUUUCUGACCAUUUGCUCCCUUCCACUCUCUCAACACACCUCAUGCCCUGCAGGAGCCCCCCUGGCGAAUGGAUCUGCAAAGGUUAUCUCCUGCCCUCUGGGGUUUGAGUGGGGGUGUGGAGCCAGAGGCCAUGGCCACCUUCCUCCCCCGGGGCCCAGGAGGCCAAGUGUUGAGAAGAGCUGGCAUAGGAGUGAGGCUGGGGUGUGGCAGGGGCCGGAAAUCCUCUGAGCUUUCAGAAGUGGCCAGAAUGCCUGUCAUCCAGCUCCUGAAUCAGGGAUUUUCAGCACUACCUCUGAGCAGUGGGGCUGGCUGCCCAGCCAGGCUUCCAGCCCUGAGGACUCGUGGUCAAGUUCAGCAAGGUCCUGGGUAAAGAGGGUAGGAGGGAGCUCCUCCUUUUGGAAGCAGAGAGCCAUGCAGGUUGAAUUAUCCUCUCCCAAGUGGCCAAGUGCAGUCGUCGUCCCCCCUUACCCCCCAGUUCCCCCCCCCCGCCCCGCUCCAGGCCCACAGGGACCACCACUCAGGGUUCGGGGCGGGCAGGAGGCCAGUUUCUCCAGCCUCCCCAGUCUGUUGGGCAGAGCGCAGUGGUGUCUUUACAGGAAACUCUUUCAGGUCAGGGCACUGAUUUUCCUCUUGGUUUAUUAUUGGGGGGAUAGGGUGGGGUGGUAAUAGUAUUUUACCAGGGUGCUUCUAAGUUACUUAAAAAUAGUCUACAGACAAAAUAUCUUUCAUUUGCCUGAGUUCACAACUUUGAGGGUCACAAGGCGGCCUUCUCCUUGUUGAGCAGGUGUGUGCUCCCGUGGUUCUCUUCUGGCCACACCCCGCGGCCAGGCCCCGGGCCCUGGACCCCAUCCUCUCCCCUACAGUCCCUCUCUCCAAACAGACAAGGCCAGUCAGGGUGUUCUCGUGUACACAAACGCCAGCCUACUGAACAGGAAUGCCAGCACGUAGCCUACUGGGAGAGAUGGAGGGCCGCACUACCCUCAGGGCAUCUGGGGGGUGCUUCUCACCAGUGUGGGUCCUGAUACUGUAAGGAUGGCUCCAGGCAGAGUGGGUCAGUCAUGGCAGCCCCAACCUCAGAGGGCAGGCCUGGAGCAUCUGGUGUUCACAAGUGUUACGAGGGUCGGGGGCUAGUUCUGGGUGUGAGUCUUAGGUAGGAGGGCAUCUUUAGAUUUUAGGGCACUUCUGAAUUAUCAAUCCCUGGACCAGGCAGUCAUCACAUAAGAACAUCGACCUUCUCCAUCUGGUGGCACAGGAUGGUAGGGAGGGGAGUGUGGGUUGGUUUGGCCUUGCCUUUUUAUGCAAGGUGAGCUAGGUUUGUUUUUUCCCUUUCCAUUUUCCCUAACUGGAUGAAAAGGACAUAAUCCAAAUCCCUUUUGUUGGAGAACGCCAGUCUGAGGGGAAGUGGGAGGCCAGAAAUGAGAAUCCUCUGAAAAGAUUGUCAAAUACUGAUUUUCAUUCUUUCAAGCUUAUUUGUAAAUACUUAUUUGAAUGCUGUGUAUUUGUACAGGAAUUUGAGCAAAAAAUGUAUAGAGUGUGAUGUCCAAUUGGUAUUCAGCCCUAUAAAUGUGUUUUUAACCUCUGGCAUUCUGUGCUUAUUUAAAAUAAGACUUCUAACCAUUUCUUUUGUGUAUUUAUGUUUAAAAAAGUGAUUUAAAAAUGAUCUUACCUGUACCAGAAAGCAAAGUUAAAAGAAAAAUUUGUACUAGUGUCCCAAGAGGUAUUUUACUGUAUAUAUUGUGGUAGCAUGUUCUAAAUCCAACAAGUAAUGUGAAUUUUAGAUGUAAAUAUCUGCCACUUGAUUUUUCCCCCCUUCCCCACUCCCUUGACUGCUGUGAUGUGAAUUAAAGAUGAAUACCUGA